AUGCCCCAAAGCUCUUAUGCCUCCAAGCGGGCUCCGAAGGGUCUGGCAAAAAAUGCGCACCCUCGCCCAUCCACCCCGGAGACAAAUAUCAUGCGAAACCUCGACAUGUCUCCCAAGGGUAAACACCCCCGAAAGUCCGAUAAUGCUCGACCGGAUCGCAAGCGGAGGGUAUCCACCUCGUCCGUCUCGAGUGUAUCCUCAGUCUCGUCCCUAGAAGAACUGAGCGACGCAGAUGAUUCAGAAGAAGAUGCAGACGACGAGCAAGAACCAGCCGUCCGGGCCCCGUCUUAUGGUCGUCGUAAAGACAGCAAGGCGGGGCGCCAACAAACAAGAACCAAGAGACGUCGUGUCGUGCCUGAUGACAGCAGUGAUGGCAGUGACUCCGAGAGCUCAGAUGAUUAUGCCGGUGUGGACUACAUCACCGACGCCGAAGACGAAGAACAGGAAAUGGAGAAAAUGGAGGAGAUGAUGAUCAUGGAGUCAGAAAAGAACCCCAGACCUCUCCCCAGCUCCGAAUUCAAUGAUGACAUGUGGACGACGAAUGCUUUUGACGACAACAUGUUCCUCCCAGCUGCCUCGUUCUUUGACGAAGAGCACCUUUACAGCGCCAUGGACACUUUCGGCGAGCCUGAAGUACAGAGUGAAGCGGUGGAAACACCUGCCACUCGGCGAGUGCAUUUCGAAGAUCGAUCUGACUCGUCUUCUGAUAGUGAUUCACACACUGAUGAUGACAUUCCUGGAGACUUUUUGCAGCAGGACAGUCUGGAUCCCCAGCUCCGUCGCAUGAUCGAAAACGACAACGAGAACUAUCAAAGAAACAACCGCCGUCAGUCAGAGGAGAUGUUUGGCGAUGUCGACUAUGGCCACGGGAACAUCUACCACGUCGAAUCCGAGGGAUCUUCUGAAGGAAGCUUGAGUGGCUAUGAAAGCGACGAUGGCGACACUACAGACGAGGAUCUACCCCCGCCUGCCACAAUCACUCACCCUCGAUCCCUUCUCCGUCGCGAUUCGUCCGACUCCUUGGCCCCUACAGGGGAUGACAAGAGUGAAACUAUCCCUCGUCGCCGGGGACCUAUCAUGGGAACCUUCACAACGGACCCCCACAAGCCUGUGGCUUUGGUCGACUGUACCGGCAAGCACCUCGUCAUCAUUCCCGCGUAUGCUUCUUCCCGCCACGAUUGGCUGGACUCUGCUGCCAACAGCAUGCCUGGAACCGCCAACACCAGCCCUCGCCAAACAACCCUGCACCUGGUUGAUGAGAGUGAUACCGACGCACUUGCAUCCCCGAAUCAAACUGACUUCAGCCCUAUGCUGGCCUCAAGUGCGAAUCUCAUGAUGACUGCCCUGGGUAAUGACCUCACUCCAGGAGGCCAGGUCAUGGGUCCACCGGAGGCAUUUUAUCCCUCCCAAGACUUCACCAUCGAUAGCUCGUUUGAGGAAGACGACGAUGAAGACCCUGAGUCUGCUCUGAACGUUGACGACUUCAUUGACUUUGGGAAUGGCUCCUCUGAUGAAGACGAGGACUCGAAUUCGAACCAUCACUUCCAGGAAUCCGCCCAGGCUUCUCCAACAGCUGCUCCUUUCGCCAAAUCUAUGGGCACACCUACGCCGACUCGCAAGUCAGAGUCCCAACCCGCCAACAAUGAAGAGCGGUUCCUCAAUCAUCUUGACAAGGGCAUCGUCACCGCCUUCCGUCGUAACCACAACCGUUACCAAGCUCUUCUCCGCCUUCCCCAACACCGCGAGUUCAUGCCCGCAAACUCCCCGGCGCGGCCUGCAAGUGUCUUCCGACACGCCAAGACCAAUGACCAGCGCACUCCCACUCGCAAGCGCAAGUCCAACACCAUUGCUGGUGGUGAAGCUGUGCGGCGUAAGCUGAUGGAUGCCCAGCAACGCCGAUCUCACCUCCCACUUUAA